ACAUCCACAGCUCAGACUUUAAGAGAGCUGACCCAGUGAGUCUCUCUCUGACUGUGAGAGCCAGCAGCCAGAAGCUGAGAGAAGCAGAGAGAAGCAGACUCCUUAGUUUCAGGGGACCUAGUGCUAAAGCCUACAGCCAUGACCUGGAACCUAAAGGUGAAGAUGCUGGGGGGCAAGGAGUUCCUGGUGUCCAUGACAAACUCCAUGAUGCUGUCAGAACUGAAGAAGCAGGUUGCUCAGAAGAGUGGUGUGCCAGCUUUCCAGCAGCGCCUGGCCCACCAAAGCGGUGAAAUGCUACAGGAUGGUGUUGCCCUUAUCAGGCAGGGCCUUAGUUCUGGCAGCACAGUCAUGCUGAUGGUAGAGAACUGCAGCCAUCCUCUGAGCAUCCUGGUGAGGAAUGAAAGGGGCCGCAGCAAUGUCUAUGAGGUCCAGCUGACACAGACUGUGGAAGUGCUUAUGAGGCAGGUGUCCCAGCACGAGCAAGUCUCCCAAGACCAAUUCUGGCUGAGCUUCAACGGAAGGCCCAUGGAGGACAAAGAGCCACUGGGGGAGUAUGGCCUAACACCCCACUGCACAGUGAUCAUGAAUUUGCGCCUGAGGGGGGGAGGGGACUACUAUUUCUAAGGCCCCUAUCCAGAGCCAAUGUAGGUAAUAAAAGACAAU